AUGUCUAUGAUCGGUACAACAUUAUUAUUAGUAGGAGCUGUUGUCCUCCUCUUUAGAUUUUACGCGAAAUACAAAUUAAAUUAUUGGAAACGACGUGGAGUCCAGUCACUGCCAACGGAUUUAAUAUUCGGUAAUUUUAAGGAUGCUGUACUCUUUAGAACAGCCCCAGGAUGGCAUCUUGGUAAAUUGCACAAGGAUGCCGCAGCUGAUGCGAAAUUAUUGGGAUUCUAUAUUUUUCACAAACCCUGCGUUCUUCUAAGAGAUCCAAAAUUAAUUCGUCAAAUUAUGGUCACCGAUUUUGAGAAUUUCUCCGAUCGUCACUUUGGUGGAUCCAAGCAGACCGACAGUAUUGGAAUGGUUAAUUUAUUUGGUCUAAAGAAUCCAGUAUGGAAAUAUGUGAGAUCAAAAAUCACUCCAACUUUAACGAAAGGAAAACUAAAAUUAAUGUUGCCUUUGAUGACUGAAAUUGGGGAAAAUAUGAUAGAGUAUAUUGAUAGUAAGCCGGUGGAUAGCGAGGGAAUUAAAAAACUCGACGCUCAAGAUUUGAAUUACAAAUAUACAACCGAUUUGAUUUCAAUUGUUGCACUCGGAACGAAAUUGAAUUCAUUCCUGGAUCCUAAUAAUAAACUCACCAAAGUUGUGGACCGAUUUUUCCACAGUCUGAAAAGAAUGAUAGCAUUGAUUACUGUUUUCUUCAUGCCGGAAUUAGUUGAAUUAUUUGGUUCACUUAUGCUCUUUGACUCGAGUUUCUUAAAAAAGGUUUUCUUUAAAGAAGUGGAACAUAGGGAAAGAUCAGGACUUAAAAAUGGAGACUUUAUUGACUCGCUAAUUAAAAUAAAGCAUGAACAACAAAAUCCAGAUUUUAGAUUCGAUGGUGAUAAUCUUUUUUAUCAAUCGGGAACAUUUUUCUCUGGAUUUGAGUCCAGCUCGACUGCUUCGUCAUUUUCAAUAAUGGAAUUGGCGAAACAUCCCGAAUUUCAGCAGAAAGCGAGGGAGGAUAUAAAUGCAGCAAUAGAGAAACAUGGACUGACUUAUAAUGCAUUCAACGACAUGAAGUAUCUCGACCAGUGCAUUGCUGAAGGAAUUCGACUUCAUCCUCCAGUAGCCACAAUCGACCGAAACACCAGACAAGAUUAUCAGAUUCCCGGCACCGAUGUUGUUCUUGAGAAAGGAACUGCAGUCUACAUUUCACUUUACGGACUGCAUCAAGAUCCACAAUACUUUGAAGAUCCAUCGGCCUAUAAUCCUGAGCGAUAUAAUGAGAGAGUAAAUAUUUCCGAGGCUUAUAUUCCGUUUGGUGUAGGACCCCGAAUGUGUGUUGGUAUGAAAAUUGGUCAGUUACACGCCAAAGUUAGCAUAGCAAUGAUUUUAAGAAAGUAUGAAAUUAGACAAUUGCCCAUCGAUAAGAUAAGUCUGGACAAUCGAUCAACAUUUACUGCUGCCGCCAAUGGCAUUAAUCUACAAUUUAAAGAAGUCGACUCGUCAUAGUCACAUAAAUGAAAUUCUAGUUCAAUUGUAUAUGUAUUUAGUUUAUUGAUAAUAGUUAUCAAUUUAUUCUAAGCUUCAAAAUUAUCUUUAACCCUUUAAGGCCCAAUGGUUUCGAUUAAAACCACUUUUGUGUUUGAACAUUCAUAACUUUGUCAAAAAUUAAUCAAUUUUCGAUUUCUAAACACCAAAGAUCCAUACAAAUUUAUAUUAUUUUGUAAAAAAAAAUUAUAAUAGUGCAAAAAAUUAACAACAAUCAACCUUAUAAUUUUAACAAUAUAAAAAAAAUGUUUUUACUAAGGGUUGUAAAAAAAUUGUAAAUUGAUAAAUUACUUCAAGCAAAGCUCAUGAAAAUUAUUACUCGGGGGUUUUUGGGGCCAUUGAUUACGAAUAUGUUGUUAGUUUUUCAAAAUGGCGGAUCCAAUAUGGCGGACGGAAAAAAUUUUAAAAUUGAGAUAUAUGCUCAUGAAAAUUAGUACUCGGGGGUUUUUGGGGUCACUGAUUACAAAUCUGAUGUUUAGUUUUUCAAAAUUCAAUAUGGCGGACGAAUCACUUAUUCGUUUCUGACGAUAUUUUAGCGUUAGGAAUUAGUUUCUGAAUUUUUAGGAACUGAUAUCAGAUUCGCAAUAAGCGACCUCAAAAAACACUAAAUGCUCAUUUUCAUGAGCCUGGCUCAAUUUUUCAAUUUUUUCGUCCGCCAUAUUGGAUCCGACAUUUUUAAUUUUGAAAAUUUUGCAGAAACUGCGACAUCGGAUUCGUUAUCAGUGACCCCAAAAACUCUUUAAGUACGGAGUAUGGCGAAAAUCAUCGGACCUUAAAGUGUUAAAAACCAACUCCCACAUAAAUUUUUCUUGUAAAUUAAAAUAAUAUGCUCUAAUUGGAUUUUUUUUUAGAAAUUGACAAUAUCGUUAAAAAUUAUGAUUAAAAAAUAGAAAUUAUAAGGUGAAUGUCCCAAUUUGUGAACAUUGCACAUAUAGGUAUGUGCAAAUUUAAAUAUAAAGUUGCGAGUAAUUAAUUCUUA